GAAUCCUCACAUUGUGUUGAAUAUUGAUCUCGCACCUACAAUUCUAGAUAUUGCUGGAUUGGAUAUUCCAUCUGAUAUGGAUGGUAAAUCCAUUCUGAAGCUUCUGGAUUCUGAGAGACCAGUGAAUAGGUUCCAUUUAAAGAAAAAGAUGAAGGUGUGGAGAGACUCGUUCCUAGUGGAAAGAGGUAAACUGCUGCAUAAGAGGGAGAAUGAGAAGGUAGAUGCCCAAGAAGAAAACUUUCUACCCAAAUACCAGCGCGUGAAAGACCUCUGUCAGCGAGCUGAGUAUCAAACGGCUUGUGAACAGCUUGGCCAGAAAUGGCAGUGUGUGGAAGAUGCCAGUGGAAAGCUCAAGCUACACAAGUGCAAGGGAAUGGUGAACUUGGCAGCUGUAGGCAACAGCAAAGGCACCUCCAACAUUUUGCCCAAAUAUUACAACAGGAAUAGUGAAGACUGCAAUUGUGAAGAGAAUGAAUACAAGCUGAGCCAUGUCGGUCGGAGAAAGAAACUCUUCUCCAAGAAAAAAUACAAACCAAGCUAUGUCCGGAAUCGCUCCAUCCGUUCUGUAUCUGUUGAGCUGAAUGGAGCCAUUUAUAACUUGGGUUUAGAGGAUGGAUACCAACCCGUCUUACCCAGAAACAUCACCAAGCGGCACAAGAUGCAGAGGGCUGUUCUUCGUGAGGAGGAAGAUAAAGACAUGGGGGAAUACAGCGGCACCGGUGGCAUUGCGGAGUAUACAGCCCCUAACCUCAUAAAAGUGACGCACAGGUGCUAUAUCCUGGAGAAUGACACCGUUCAGUGCGACACGGAUCUGUACAGGUCACUGCAAGCUUGGAAGGACCAUAAACUUCAUAUUGACCACGAGAUUGAAACUUUGCAAAAUAAAAUAAAAAACCUGAGGGAGGUGAGAGGUCAUCUGAAGAAGAAGCGACCUGAAGAGUGUGACUGUAACAAGAUCAGUUACCAUUCAAAACACAAAAGCAAACUGAGGCACAAGGGAUCCAGUCUUCAUCCUUUCAAGAAAACCCUACAGGAGAAAGACAGGCUGUGGCUGCUUCGAGAGCAAAGACGGAAGAAGAAACUGCGCAAAUUGCUUAAGAGAAUAAAAAAUAACGACACAUGCAGCAUGCCUGGUCUGACCUGCUUCACCCAUGACAACCAACACUGGCAAACUGCUCCCCUGUGGACACUGGGCCCUUUCUGUGCCUGUACCAGUGCCAACAACAACACGUACUGGUGUUUGAGGACAAUCAACGAGACCCACAACUUCCUGUUUUGUGAAUUUGCUACUGGAUUUUUGGAGUAUUUUGAUCUCAAUACCGAUCCAUAUCAGCUAAUUAAUGCGGUGAAUACGCUAGAUAGAGACGUUCUCAAUCAACUGCACGUCCAGCUCAUGGAACUGAGGAGCUGCAAAGGGUAUAAACAGUGCAAUCCAAGAACUAGGAACAUGGAUCUGGGACUUAAAGAUGGAAGCUACGAGCAGUACAGGCAGUUUCAGCGUCGAAAGUGGCCAGAUGUGAAGAGACCAUCAUCUGCCAAGUCACUAGGCCAACUGUGGGAAGGCUGGGAGGGCUAACCUGCCCCAACUGCUGCACCUCCAUGAGGAUACACACUGGCCAGAACUUGAAUCCAUGUACAGACUAAAUGAAAACGUGUAUGACUUCAGAAAGGAUUAUAACGUUAGCCUGGAGGACUGGAUAAACUUUGAGGCUGAAAUAGAUAGAACGUUUGCACUGGUGAGUGAAUUAAAUAGAUGCAGUGAAAUUA